GUUAUGGACGGAGGCAGUAUCAUCUUCCAGAAUGGUAGGCAAAUCCAUCAAAUCAAUAAAGAGAUUCUUCAAAUAAUUCACACUAGCUAGCAUUCGAAAAGUUCCAUCGUCAAUCUACAGACGAAAUCAAAAAAUUUUUAGGGUUUCCGGAUGCAUUUGAUCCAUGUAGUUUUGAGGAAACUCGUAAUACCUAUAUCUAAGUUGUAGAUUUUGAUAUGGCCUGGUUGCGCGGGAAGGUCGCGUUAGGGAGCUUCCCAGAUUUAGCUGGAGCCGUUAACAAGAUAAGCGAGAGCGUCAAGAACAUCGAGAAGAAUUUUGACAAUGCUCUUGGUUUAGAAGACCAGCCUGCUGUUUCUACAUCCACCAUUGAUGAAAAAGAUGAAUCUUCAACCCAUCCAUCUUUUUCCAAACAAAAGGAAGGCGUUGAUGUUAAAGACUCAACUAACAUUAGCGAGGAACAUAUCUCUCCUGUUAGGGAAGCAAAUGCAGAAAUUUCAACGCCUGAAGAACAUCAUGUUGAAACUAUAAAUCCCGAAGAGCAUCAACAUCACCCUGUGGAAACGAACAUAGGAAUUCCUGAAGAAGUAGAUAACAGUGCUGAAAAAGCCAUAGAUGCAAACACAGUUAUUUGUAAGCAAGCAGAUGGUAUUCUUGGGCUUCCUGAGGAAGAAGAAAACAUUGCUAAAAAACAUAUAGAAAUUGACACUGCAGCAUCUUCCAUUGCUGACAAUCACAUUGAAGCAGAAGCAAAACCAAGUGCCGAUGAUGCUGAGGAUCAAUCAGAGUCUUUGGAGCAUGUUCAAGAUAGUGAAAGCUCAGAAAUUGGUUCAACAAAAAAACCUGGAUCAAUAGAAGAUCAGUUAACAAAUUCUGUAGACCAAGUUUCAACCACUUCACCUGAUUUGCAGAAGAGUGACCAUGAACUAAACGUACAAAACACAGUGACUACUCAAGAAGAUGCUUUAGAUGAGGGGGUGGAUGCAACAUAUGAUGGCCAAUCUGCAAUAGAGUCAGAGAGACAUGAAAUGAUUAAAACUGUCCAAAAAGUGAAUCAGCUUGUUGGUGAUGAUGAGAGAGAUGAAAAAGAACUUCACACAAUUUCGGGAAGCAGAUUGUGUGACAAUGCAGAUUCCAUGGUUGAAGUGGAGACAUUGAAAAGUGAGAUGAAGAAGAUGGAGGAUGCACUUCUGGGAGCUGCUAGACAAGCUCAGGCAAAAGCUGAUGAAAUUUCGAAGCUGAUGAAUGAAAAUGAGCAGCUGAAAUUUAUAAUCGAGGAUCAGAAGAGAAACUCAAAUGAGGCUGGAAUGGAGUCUCUACAAGAAGAGUGUCAUCAAAGGGUCUCGAAUCUUGAACGAAAGGUUUACGCUCUUACAAGAGAAAGGGAUACACUACGUAGAGAGCAAAAUAAAAGAAGUGAUGCCACUGCGCUUCUAAAGGAAAAGGAUGACAUAAUCACUCAAGUUAUGGAAGAGGGUGAAAAGCUUUCAAAGAAACAAGCUGUUCAAGAGUCUACAAUAAGGAAACUACGCGCACAGAUUAGAGAGUUUGAAGAUGAGAAGAAAGGAUUUAUAAGCAAACUACAGGCUGAAGAGAACAAAGUGGAAAAUUUGAAGAGUAAGAAAGCAGCCACAGAGAAACUGCUGCAAGAAACAAUAGAGAAAAACCAGUCUGAAGUUGCAAUACAAAAGGAAUACUAUCUGAAUGCAUUAAGUGUAGCCAAGGAAGCAAAAGCAGUAGCAGAGGCACGAGUAAAUGAUGAAGCUAGAACUGAACUAGAGAUUGACCUAAAGGAGGCCAGGGAACGAGAAUCUAUGCUAAUUCAAACUCUGGAAGAAUUAAGACAAACUCUGAGCAGAAAGGAGCAACAGGAAAUUUACAGAGAAGAUAUGCUAAGGAGAGAAAUUGAUGACCUCCAAAAACGAUAUAAAGCAAGUGAGCAUAGAUGUGAAGUGCUGGUUAUGCAAGUUCCUGAAUCAACCAGGCCUCUUUUGAGGCAAAUUGAAGCUAUGCAGGAAACAACUUCUAGAAAAGUAGAAGCCUGGGCUGCUGUGGAGAGAUCACUAAACAUUCGGCUUCAGGAUGCAGAGGCUAAAGCUACAUCCUUAGAGGAAAAAAACCGAGCUGUUAAUGAACGAUUAUCCCAAACAUUAUCUAGAAUAAAUGUUCUUGAAGCUCAGAUAUCAUGUUUGAGAUCUGAGCAAACACAACUAACUAAGUCUCUUGAGAAAGAAAGACAAAGAGCAUCGGAAAGCAGGCAGGAGUACUUGGUUCUAAAAGAGGAAGCUGAUACUCAUAAUUGUCAUGCUAGUCAGCUCGAAGAAGAGAUGAGGGUACUCAAGAAGAAACAUAAGCGAGAACUGCAAGAAGCAUUGACACAACGCGAACUUCUUCAACAGGUCAACAUGGCUGAUGCAGGGGCGAGGGAGGAUCUGCUCUGGUGA